AGGUAUCUAGCUAGAACUUUCAAAGUUUAUGACAUGCCGUCCUCUUGUGGCACGAGUCGCUGUUCUUCCCCAUGCCUUGCUUCUCUGGACUGCAUCUCCUCGCCAAAAAGGAUCGCCAAUGGGUGGACUCGGUGGAUCCAGGAGCAAAGCUCGCAAGUUGCUCCUGGUUUAUGAAUUGGGUUCCUGGAAGGAGUCCUGGGCGACGUACACGGCAGGCAGGCAGGCAGGCAGGCAUUUGCUUUCACGGUACUCGCUCUCACUCAUGAUGCUGGGCUUGAUCUUCCUUCAGUGAGAGCAGGGGCUAAAGGUGUGUGUGGUCAGAUCAGCUACCCGGUGAUUUGCAGAAGAAGAAGCUCCAUCUGCAGUCUUCGAUGGUGAUGGUGAGGGGGCUCUUGUUUCUUGGCUGACGAGUUUCUCGGUUUCCAUCUCCUCGAUUAAAGCUAAAGCUAUACAGUGUUGGAGGUAUGCAGUGAUCUUCCGCCGCGCCGGUGUCUUGGUCGUCGUCCUUGUGGGUGGCUCAUGCUCCGGGAAUGCGCAUUCGAAGGCAGCAGCAGCAGCAGCAGCAGCAGCGGAUGGAGAGCUUGAGUGCUACUGUUCUUCCUGCAACUCUGCUGCAAGAGAGAGACUCAAAGUCGUCGUGCUCGGAGGCCAUCCCUGGCAGUUUGUCCAGAUCCAGGAGGUCGACCAACUGGCUGGACAAGCUCCGGGCCUCGAAGGGGUUCUCGCCGGAGCCCAAAGUCGAGAUUGAGGAGUUUGUGAGGAGCCUCCAUGGGAAUUCUUCCGGAGAUUCCAAGAGCAGCGGCGUCACAGCGACCGCUCCUUUGCGCUCAUCGGCUGGGAAUGUAGUCGACUGCAAUGCCGCCAGCGGCAGCGGCAGCGGCACCACCUCAGAGGAGAAGCUUUGUGCUGUGGAAGACAAGGUUGGAUUUCCAGCAGGGGAUUGCAAGGUGGAGGAUGACAGACGUGGUGAAGCAGAGGUUGCUGUAGUGGGUACAAUGGAUUUGGUACAAUUUGAGCAGUGUGAUUCUUUUGACCCGGACGGUUCGAAGGCCAAGCCCAGCAGCAGCAGUGGCCAGUGCAUGAAGCUGUCGAAUUCUUCCGAAGGGCUCUCGCAAGUUUGUCCAAGUGAAGGCUCUUCGCCGGAGGAGAACGGGAAAGGCAAGUCUUUAAGCCCGGGAAUCAGUAAUGCAGAUAAUGGUAACGCCAUUGCUCCGGCCAAAGCUUGUGGGGACUACGACGUCUACGCGUUUGGAUUGCCUCGGGAAGACUUCGAGCCGUCCCAAGGGUGUGUGACGACGGUGAAGCAGCAGCAGCGGCAGCAGCAGCGCAAGAGGAAGCAGCAGAGGCCGAGGAGCUGCCCGAAAACAAGCACCUUUUCUCCCGGGCAGGAGGUAACUGGACCUUUACUGCAACGAAGGAACUUGGAGCUCCUGCGGCUGGGGAGCUACUAUGUGCAGGAGAGGGGGAGUCCAGAGUCAGAGAAGGCGAAUCCCGUGUGCCGGACUCAACUGGCAUUGCGGCAAGAGUAUCUGACUGCGACACCGUUGAAUUGCAGUGAUGAGAAGAAGAGAAGUUGCGCGAGCUUGACAACCAGCUGCAUGGAGAAGAUGCGCGCCUUCAGCCUGCGGAGCCAGUCCUCUACAGAGUCGGACGGAAACGGGAGCGAUAGUACGUCCGACUCGUUGACCCUUCGCAGGCGAGGGAUGAAGCAGUCAAAGGAUCUACAGGGUGCUAUUUGCUCCAAGAGGAGAAAGUUGUAUGCUGCUGGAGCUCCUGUUACUCCAUUCCAGGUGGAGCGAACAUUGUCUUUGCAGAAAGAUGACCACUUGCAGGCACGGAGGAGGACACCGCAAACGAAUGGCUUUUUCGAUAUUGCUUCGUCCAUGCUUAGAGCACCACUCGGUGUCUCGAAAACUUUGCCUCCUCCUGACGAUCCUCCCGACCACCCGGCGAGCCAACCGAAGGACACACUCGCCUCCUCAGUCUACCAGGUAUUCAUGAAGGCUGGCAAGAACGGCUUGACAACACGGGAGGCCGUCUCCAAGAUCAUCGAGGAAAAGCUUCCGGGGCUCGGGGAAUGCAGCGUGGUGGCGAGGGUGGAAGUGGGGAAGAUCGUGCGCACGUCUCCUUACUUCAUGGAGCUGGAGGAAUCAAGGUUUGUACUGUGCAGUGCAAUAACCGGCAUAGAAGACAAAGCAAGCAACAAAGGCCCAGGGGCGGAAAAGGUAAAGGAACAGGUGUACGAGCUCCAGAACUGGGCCGCUCUUGCAGUUAGACGGGCGCGGACAGGCAAAACGAGAAGGAAACCAAUCCGUGACAGGAGUGGUCUGGCAGUGUCAGUAGUGGGAAAACCAGGUAGCGAGGAGAAUAGUAAAGCAGCAGCACCAGCAACAGCACUCCAGCAGAAGCAGCCCCAGCAGCAUCAGCAGCAGCAGCAGCAGCAGCGUGAACAGGAACCGCCCCGGAAGCGACGACUGAAGUCUGUACAACAGGAUAGUACAGGUCUCGGGAACCGCUGCAACCGGUCUGAUGGCAAAGGCUGGCAUUGCCCGCUGCUAGCACAGGUCGGGUACUUGCUUUGCGACCACCAUCUGGACAGGUUGCGAGCAAAGUCAGGCUCCAAGGCGAGGAGGCCCAACAAAAACCGAGCCGAGAAGCGGGCCAACAACAACACCACCACCAAGAACAGUGCUGGAAACCACGCCACCGCCGCCACCAACAGAAAUAGCAACAAAGGCAACAACAACGUCACCACCACCAACACUGGUAGGGGUAAGCAGGGAAAGGCUAGUCACAGGAAUGGAUUUAAAGCUCCGGCGCCGCCGCCGACGACGAAUCCAAGUGGGAGGGAGGCGUGGGGGUCUCGCCAGUCUUUGGGUGUAGCGAGAGUAGGACGGGGUAGCGAGAAGCGGCAGAAGAAGGCCGAGGAGCUGCAGGACGAGUCCGGUGGAGAGGAGGUGACGACGUUUGGGUUGAGGUUCUAGAUAGGAGGAACAGGAGGAGUGGCAAUCCCAAUCUCAAUCCCAGCGGUGAUGAGAUUGAUGAUCACUGAAGAAGAGCCGGGGUGCUUGGAUCAUAAAAGGUGGAACUUGGAAGAAGAGUGGUGGUGGUGGAGGAGAAGAGCGAAGAGGAGGUGACAGACGUUGGGGUUGAGAUUCUAGACAGGAACAGGGAGCGGAUCGCUUGGUCCAUCAAAGUUGGAACAUGGAAGAACAGUGGUGGAGGAGAAGAGCGAACGUUUGGGUUGAGGUUCUAGAUAGGAACAGGAGGAGGAGGAUUUGGUGGCGAUCCCAAUCUCAAUCCCAGCGUUUGAUGAUCGCUGAUGGAGAACUUGGAAGAACAGUGGUGGAGGAGACGAGAGCAAAAGACGCUGGCGGCGAUGAUGAGGUGGUAAUAACCCACGCACUUUGAUUGGAGAGAUUUUUUGGAGAAUGGUAAGUUAGGUGGAGGGGAACAUUGAUUGAUUUGAUUUGAUUUGAUGGAAGCGGCGCACAACAGUGGCAGUGGCAGCGGCAGCAUCGCAAUUGGUUUGUUGCAGCGGCGACGCAAAAAAGAGGAGAAGAACAAAAAAAAAGAAAAGAAAAAGAGAGCCAAAAGCGACGAUCGAUCAAAGUUUGUACAGGAAAGAACCAUUCAUUCUUUUAAAGAAGGGG